AUGGUCUCUGGUGGUCCUGCUGCCGAGAUCAAGAAGACCAAGAAGAGAAAGGUCCUCCUGAUGGGCAAGAGCGGGUCGGGCAAGUCAAGUAUGAGGAGCAUAAUAUUCUCCAAUUACCUUGCCGUCGACACGCGACGCCUUGGUGCGACCAUCGACGUCGACCUCUCGCACGUCAAGUUCCUUGGCAACCUGACGCUCAACCUCUGGGACUGCGGCGGCCAGGAGGCCUUUAUGGAGAACUACAUCAACCAGCAGCGGGCCCACGUCUUCAGCUCCGUGGGCGUGCUCAUCUACGUCUUCGACAUGGAAUCCCGCGACAUUGACCGCGACCUGGCCACCUACGUCUCCAUCGUCUCCGCGCUGGCCCAGUACUCCCCCUCGGCCAAGGUCUUUGUCCUCAUCCACAAGAUGGACCUCGUCAUGCCCAACACCAAGGAGGCCGUCUUCAACGAGCGCGUGCGCCUCGUGCGCCACAAGACGGCCGAGGCCCUGCAGAACAUGGCCUCCACCGGGCCCGCCCGCAUGGACAUCCAGCCCUUUGCCACCUCCAUCUGGGACCAGUCGCUGUACAAGGCCUGGUCCAGCAUCAUCCACGACCUGAUCCCCAACCUGGCCAUCAUCGAGCGCGAGCUGGGCGCCCUGGGCCAGGCCAUCGAGGCCGAGGAGAUCUUCCUGUACGAGCGCACCAGCUUCCUCGUCGUGUCCACCUGGAAGUCGGACGAGGCCGCCCGCAACCCCCACCGCGACCGCGAGGAGCGCCUCAGCAACGUCAUGAAGACCUUCAAGAACCGCCUCGCCGCCUGGUCCGGCACCAGCCGCAACUCGGACCAGUUCAAGGAGUUCCAGCUCACCCUCGGCACCCUCUUCAGCUUCGUCAUCAUGACCUUCACCACAAACACCUACAUCCAGCUCGUCCUGCCCGCCGGCGAGGCCCGCCUCAACGCCGCCAAGCUCAACACCAGGAUCGCCGCCGCCCACUUUGAGCGCCUCGACUCCCCGCCCGCAAAGGAUCACAAGACCCCUGCCGCUGUGGUGACGAACAGGGGCCUGCGCACGGUUACGGCGACUUCGGCGCCAGAGAUGGCGGCUCCGCUGCCGCCCCCGCUGCGUGAUAAGGGGGAGAUGUAG